AUGGUAGGGUACUUGCAGGGCACCAGAUGGGCGCUGCAAUAAGGAGCAGUGUGUCUGAUCAGUGCUCUCCUGGCAUAGGAGCACCCAAUGUCGGACCCAAGAAAGGAACUGGCUAUGUGACCUGCCCUGUCUGACUGAGGAGCAGGUAGGAAACAGUCCCUGCGAAACUGCCUGGCGCAGCCAUUUUAGCCUCCAUCUCUGGGCAAACGUGAGGUCUAGCUGAGGAUAUCAUGAGAGCAAGAUCAAACCGGUCUGGAACUAUUUCCUGUCAUCCCAACUCAUUGUCAUCACAGUGAUGAAACUCUUAUGCUCAGCUUGUGUUGUGGUUAGGGGAGUUUCAGAGUGAGCAUGCUCAGACCCCCACUACUUCCUGAAACCUCUCAACUGGGCCUGUAGAGGGGUGCUCAGUGCUGCCUCAGGACGGGCCUGCUCAGUGCUGCCUUGGGACGGGCUUGGGUUUUUUUUAAGCCACCUUCAUAAGGGGCACAAAGCCUACAUUGGAGCCAACAUGAAAUCAGAGCCCACCAGGGCAGCAGGAAACACCACGCUGGGGGUCACCUCUGAGACCUGCCACACACCCUAUGAGGAGAGCAGAGUGGUCCUGGUGGUGGUGUACAGUGCAGUGUGCAUGCUGGGCCUACCGGCCAACUGCCUGACGGCAUGGCUGACAUUGCUGCAGGUGCUGCAGAGGAACGUGGUGGCCGUCUACCUGUUCUGCCUGUCCCUCAGCGAGCUGCUCUACAUUAGCACGCUGCCACUGUGGGUCAUCUAUAUCCAGAACAAGCACAGCUGGAACCUGGGCCCGCAGGCCUGCAAAGUGACUGCUUACAUCUUCUUCUGCAACAUCUACAUCAGCAUCCUUUUGCUGUGCUGCAUUUCCUGCGACCGCUACUUGGCAGUGGUCUACGCCCUGGAGAGCCGAGGCCACCGCCAGCAGAAGACUGCCAUCCUCAUUUCUGCGUGUGUGUUUGCUUUUGUUGGGCUCGUUAACUACCCAGUGUUCGACAUCACGCUGGAGAAGAACUCCUGCUUCGAGCCCCAGAGGAUGAGCAGCAGGAUAGCCAGCUACCACUACGUGCGUUUCACCUUCGGGUUUGUCGUCCCUCUUGGGACCAUCACGUUCACCAACCGCCAGAUUUUCAGGAGCAUCAAGCUGAGCACGAGCCUGAACGCUGCCCAGAAAGCCAGGGUGAAGCACUCCACCAUCGCGGUCGUCACCAUCUUCCUGGUCUGCUUCGCCCCCUACCACCUGGUGCUCCUUAUCAAAGCUGUUGGCUUCUCCUACUACCACGUAGAUGGAGCUGCCGUGUGUGACUUUGAAGACAGACUGUACACAGUCUCUGUGGUGUUCCUGUGUCUGUCCACGGUUAACAGUGUGGCUGACCCCAUCAUCUAUGUGCUCGUUACAGACCAUUCUCGGCAAGAAGUGUCCAGGAUCCACACAGGGUGGAAAAAGUGGUCCACAAAGACAGAUGUUAUAGACUUAAAGGACUCCGAGGAGGCAGGCUCACCCACAGCAAAGCCCUACACCUUCCCCAAGCCUGCGUACCCUCCAGGGUCAGAGCCGGAGGAGCUGGGCUUACAGUGCUCCCCAGAAAGACUGUCUGAGGAAUUCUGCUAAACCCAUUAUACCUCAGUGGAGGAUGCUAAGCCUUGAAACCAGCACCGGCCACGUAUUUGUGGUCCUUUGAGCCGCCAUCUAGGGUGUCCGCAGCACUGUAGAUACUUUUCUGGAAGGCAUACUGCUGAUCUUUCUUCAUAACGCCACUCAGCUCUGUAAAUAUCUCUUCCUUGGAUGUCCAGAACCUCCGGGCUCUCCUGUAUGGGAAGAGGCGGUGUUUUGAGAGCACCAAUCAUACCUGUAGGCUGCCAGAGACUCAGGGAGCACGUGGCUGGCAGGAGAGCUCGUCAUCAGCAGCUUGCUCUGCAGGGCUCCCAACAACCAUCAGCAGGGUACUCGGUAGAGCCCUGGACAAUGACUUUAUUUUCUAUGCGUUUCCUGCAUUGUCCAGUGGCUACUGUGGUGUAUAUUGGGGCUUUCCACAGAGGGAGACAUGGCCUGCAUCUGGGGUUACUAUCAUGGUGCCUAGAGCCGUGACAUAGCCAAAGAGCCAGAGGGCAAUAGGAGUCCAACCCCGAGGGCUCCCAUUGGGAGUUGGUUCUACGUUGACAUAAUUGUCUAUUAGAGGAGCCAUGGGGCAUGGUGGCAUUUACUCUAGCUCCUGGUAGCACCAUAUAUCCUCCCUAGGGACCCCUCUGCCACUUACAUUAGGAAGUGCUAGUGGGUACCUCCAGAAAGAGAUUGGCAUAGCUGCUACCGGGUAAGGGGGUGUCUGGCAUCUGGCAUGCCUUUCUUUACCUUGCAGCUUCUGGCCUUGGUGCCACAGGGGAAGUGGGCUGGGGCUCCUGAAAGGACAAGUCAGGGGCAAGACUCUCUGGCCCAUUGGAUCGGAGAUGGAGACCUCAGGGCUCUGAGUCAAACCCCAGCGCCUCCAUAAGAGCCUCGUCUCGGUUCAGUCAGACCCACGCUUUUGUUGGUUACCUCACCAGGUUACUCACCGCUGGACUGAGCCCCUCCCCGACUCGGAGGCAAGGGCUGGAGACAAGGAGUGCAGCAGGCUUUGGGGCCAGCUCCUCUGAAGCUCACACAUUACAGAGGCUGCUCAGAGACAGAUAAACGACAUCCGCGGUUACCUUUUGCUCUUCUCUGGAAGUAGCGUGAAAACCUGAGAAUAAGAAAAACAAAAAAGAAACUCGAUCCUAACUUCCUUUUUCUAUUUUUGAUUACCUUUUAUUGUUUUGAGACACGGUUCCUUGCAGCUCACUAAGGAACAGAAGAUGACCUAUACUCCUGAUUUUCUUGUCACGCCCACCCAGAGGGCUGGGAUCACAAGCACACAACCAGCAGCUUCUAACUUCCCCUUUAGUGGCUUUCUGUUUGUUUGCUUGGGCGUGUGUGUGUGUGUGUGUGUGUGUGUGUGUGUGUGUGUGUAUCUGCAACCUGUAUGGAGGUCAAAGGUUAACACUGAUAUCUUCCUCGAUUGCUUUCUGCUUUAUUUAUUGAGACAGGGUCUCAUGCUGACCCCAGAGCUCACUAGUUAGCUAGACGAUUAGUUGGCUAUACUAGUUAGCCUGCUUGCUCCAGGACCCCCAUCUCUGCCUGGCAAGCAGAAAUGCAGUCCAGACAGGCCACCACGCUUGCCCUCGUGUCUCAGCUUUUUGUUUUUAUGUUUUUGAGACAGGAUUUCUCUGUGUAGCCCCAGCUGUACUGGAGCUCUCUCUGUAGACCAGGCUGCCCUCAAACUCACAGAGAUCCACCUUCUUCUGCCUCCCCAGUGCUGGGAUUAAAGGAGUGUGCCCCCAUGCCUGGCCCCGUGUCUCAGCUUUUCUGUGGGUGCUGGGGUCCCAACUCUGGUCCUCAUCUGUGAAGCAAACAGUUUACCAACGGACUCAUGUUCCCAGCCUCUGUUUCCUUUUUAAAACGUGGUAACGGUGAAGGGCAGGCAGGUGGAGCAGGCCUGGGGAACUUACAGUUUGUACUACCCUAGGCAAAGUGAAGCCGAACCAUCUCUCAUUCCCGUGGCCACCCAAAGCACAGCACGACUGGGGAUGGACGCCUGUUUUCUUUGAUACACUGGUCUGUCCUCUCUCUGGGCGCUCCAUCCUUCCUCCACAGGCCCCAGAUGCCCUCUCCAGCAGCUUCUUCCCGCCUUAGUCCCUCUCCUCUCUUCAGGCUUAAGGCUCUGGCAUCACCCCUGGGUCAUUCUCUCCAGCACCCCAGAGAAACUUUAUCAUUGGACUCUUCCAUGGACCAUGUGGGCUGGCCUGAGCAGUCUCUGAGGGAAAGGCAGGUGACCAGAUUCCUGAGUGGCUUCUACCCUUUUGGUUCCUCCUCAUUAUGAUCCCC